GUAUUGAAUCAGAAGAAAGAUGGCCUGCAUUAACAAAGGAUGGGAGGUUGUAAGUAGAAAAAUCAGGAGCUGUUUGAAAAGGAAAAAGGGGAUCGAGAACAGAGACAAGAGCAUAGCUGAAAGAUGGGAGAUUUUAAGUGGAAAAAACAAUUGGGAAGGAUUACUUGACCCUUUGGAUUAUGAUCUACGACGAUACCUUAUCCACUAUGGCCAAAUGCCUCAAGCCAUCUACGACUCAUUCAAUAAUGAGAAAGUUUCAAAAUACAGAGGAACAAGUCGAUACUCCAAAAAGAACCUCUUCAUAAGGGUGGGGCUCCAUAAAAACAAAUAUGAAAUCACCAAAUAUUUCUAUGGAGCUUCAAGUAAAACUGAAAAGGUCAAAGUAUCAAAUUGGAUUGGGUUUGUUGCUGUUGCUACUGAUGAAGGUAAAGUUGAAUUAGGGAGGAGAGACAUUUUAAUUGCUUGGAGAGGGACUAUAACUGUCUCGGAAUGGAAUGAUGAUUUCGAAUUUUCCUUGGUCCAACCAAUUGAAAUCUUUGGAGAAAAUGCGGAUAACAUUCUUGUACACAAAGGUUUUUAUUCAAUUUAUACUUGUCUUGAUGAAGCUUCAAAUUUCAAUCGGACAACCAGUGCUAGAGAUCAGGUUCUUGAAGAAGUUAAAAGGUUGUUGGAUCAAUACAAAGAGGAGGAAGUUAGCAUCAGUGUUACAGGCCACAGCUUGGGUUCAUCAUUAGCCACACUAUGCGCGAUCGACAUAGUUGUCAGCCAAGUCAAUAAGGGGUUUCCAGUAACUGCAUUUUUAUUUGCUAGCCCACGAGUUGGAGAGGCCAAUUUCAAGAAAGCUUAUCAAAAUUUGAAAAACUUGCACAUCUUGCGGAUUACCAAUGCAUCUGAUUACAUUACGAAGCUGCCAGAUCGUGGACAGGUGGAGGGUUCUGAAACAGAUUGGAGAGUGUAUGAAGAUGUUGGCUUUGAACUUUCAAUUGAUACUACAAAAUCAGACUACUUGAAGAAAGAGAUAAAUGGUCAUAUUUUGGAGGUUUAUUUGCACGGAAUCGCUGGAACACAUGGAUCAGAAGGAGAGUUCAAGUUGGAGAUAAAUCGGGAUACUGCUCUUAUGAAUAAAGCAGAUGAUGUGUUGAAGGAUAAAUAUGGUGUACCAGUGUCGUGGUGGACCGAGAAGAAUAAAGGAAUGGUUCAACACGAAAACGGAUCUUGGAUUCUUAUGGAUCACGAGGAUGACGACAAUUAG